UCUGCAAACAACUUCGACUUGGGACGGUUGGUAUUUGCGUGUCGCGGCUAUGUAAGCGGCUAAAAAUCGAGUGCGAGUGAAACGGCAAUAGAAAAAGAAGUGUUUCGUGUGGGAGUGCAAAAGAGAAGCAUAUCUAAAACGGAAUAACGGUGCAUACGCAUGCCAACCAUAUAGAAAAAUAAAACCGCCGAGUGCAACUGAAGCGCAUUUGUUGCAAUGCGAAUCAAUUUUAAUCAAUUUUUGAAUUGUUGUCAAAUGCAGCAGCAGCAGCAGCCAAAACCAAAUACAAAGUGAAGUGCAAAAACAAAAACCGGUUCGCCUCUGCAGCAGCAAAAACAACAACAGCAGCAAGAAACCAAAAGCAAAAGCAAGAGCAAAGCAAAGGAAGGCAAAUCCAAAGGCAGCAAAAGAAUUUUGGUUGCUCUCUGCGUGUGUGUGAGUGUGUGCGUGUGCGUACGUGUGUGUCCGUUUGUGUUUCAGUGUGUUUGCGUCCAAGGCAGAAAACGCAGCAGGAAAAGGCAGUUGGAAUUUGUUGUUGCCGCUGCCGGCUCCGUUGCUGCUGCGAUUUGUUUUUGGCCCAGGCGAAGAAUUUGUAUUUGUAUAGCCAAAGCAAACCUGUUCCCCUGCAGCAGCAGCCAACAACAACAAAAACAACAACAACAACAACGACAAUAAUAGCAAAACAAAACAAGCGAAAAAAGUGGCACAAGUGAAAAUUCCUGCGUUGCGAGUGUAUUUGUGUCUGUGUGUGUUGUCUUUUUUUUGACAGUCUUGGCCAAAAGUGAAAAUCAAUUUGCUGAGUGUGCGCGGCCCAGCGAGCGAGAGAGAGCGAGCGCGAGAGAACGCACACUGUUUCGUCCUUUUGGUCCAAAAAUACCAGAAAGCAACCAGGCGAGAACGAAAACUUGACGAAUAUCUACUGAACGCCGAUAAAAAGAGCAACAACAAAAACAAUAACAACACAACGAAGAGCAUAUCAAAGCAAAAAGUAAACAAUCUGUGCAAAAUAAAAAGAAAACGAGAACAACAAAAAGCAGCAACAACAACUAAGCAAAAGCAGCAUUAUAAUGCACUUUCCAAUUGAUAAGCUGUCCACUCAACGGAAAAGCUCCGAGGAAAUGUCUGAGCGAAACGCUUUUCAGCAAUUGGCAACGGCCAGCUCAAUCAAAUAAAUGCGCCAUUGACAAGAUUUCUGAAAUACCAAAGAAAAAUACGAGCUGCAAAGCAACUUAAAAGCAUAAAAGACAAUAAAGAAAAGGGAAGGCAGAAAACUUGCCUCUUCAGCCAAUAAAUUUUUUUUUUUGUAAGCUGUGACGCUGUGCGCGAAAAGCCGUCAAAAUUACGACGUAUCACCCACCCACGCCCAAAGUCAAACAGAACCCGGCCAAUAUGGACAGCACGUCCGGGCCGGGUGCGUUUGACGAUGAGCCGCCGCCAGAGCCCCGUGAUGGCUGGCUACUGGUGCGCAUCCAUGUGCCGGAGCUGAAUGUCUACAAGUGUCUUCAGUUCCCAUCGGAGCGUCUCGUCUGGGAUGUCAAGCAGCAGGUGCUCGCCUCACUGCCAAAGGAGCUUAAGGAGAGCUUUAACUAUGGCCUCUUUGCGCCACCCUCCAAUGGCAAGGCGGGCAAAUUUCUGGACGAGGAACGACGCUUGGGCGACUACCCAUUCAAUGGACCAGUUGGCUAUCUGGAGCUCAAGUACAAACGUCGCGUGUAUAAGAUGCUCACCCUGGACGAGCGCCAGCUGAAGGCGCUGCACACACGCGCCAAUUUGCGUCGCUUCCUGGAGUGCAUCAAUGGCGGGCAUGUCGAGAAGAUAGCCAAGAUGUGUGCCAAGGGCCUGGAUCCCAAUUUUCAUUGCUCAGAGAGCGGCGAGACGCCGCUCUCCGUGGCCACCGGCGCCAAGAAGCCCAACAAGCUGCUCAUUGCCCUGGUCAAUGGCGGUGCUCUGCUGGACUAUCGCACCAAGGAUGGCACCACGGCGCUCCAUCGAGCCGUCGAACAUGACUCGCUAGAGGCAGUUAGCACACUUCUGGAGCUGGGCGCCUCGCCCAAUUAUCGUGACGGACGUGGAAUAACGCCUCUGUACAUUUCCAUAACACGCAAAUGCGAGGCGAAGAUCACGGAGAGCCUCUUGCACGAUCACGCCACUCUGGGCAUACAGGACAGCCAGGGCUGGAACGAGGUGCAUCAGGCCUGUCGGCAUGGCCUGGUGCAGCACUUGGAACACUUGUUGUUCUACGGUGCUGACAUGGAUGGACGCAAUGCGUCCGGUAACAGCCCGUUGCAUGUUUGCGCUGUUAACAACCAAGAGGCUUGUGCUAGAAUGCUUCUCUUUCGCGGCGCACAACGCGGUGCCCAGAACUUUGCCAACCAAACUCCCUAUCAGGUUGCUGUCAUCGCUGGCAACUUGGAACUUGCCGAAAUAAUUGAGAACUACAAAUCUGAGGAUAUUGUACCCUUCCGGGGACCACCGCGCUACAAUCCGAAGCGCCGCUCGGGCAUCGGCUGGCUGAGCGCCAACGGGGCCGCUGGCGCUGGGCUGCUUGCUGCGGCUGCCGGUGGGCUGGGUGGUGCAGGGGGCGCUGGUGCCGGGCCAGGUGGCGGCAUGUGUGUGAAUGGCAAUGGAGGCGGCAGCCUGAUGGGCACGCUCUCGCGCCAGCAACUGCAGCAGCUGCAGCCGCACCAGACCCAGAACCAGCCCCAUAACCAUAACCAGCACGUGCAGCAUUUGCACCACCAGCACCAGCAGCCGCAUCUGCAGCUUCACGGCCCGCCCUCGCCCUGUCCAUCGGAGCACAUGCUGGGCGCCUACAGCUCGGCCAGUUCGAGCCUAUCCGAGGGCUCGUCGGGACAUCGCUCUCACGAGGACGACAUCAGCAUUGUGACAGAUAAAUCGCUGGGCGACACCAGCGACAUCAUCAGCGACUCGUCGGGCGUGGGGACCAAUUCGGACUCGGCGGCCUGCUCGAUUGGCCAUCCCAGCACCACGGUGGUGUGCAUGGAGCCCUAUGCGGGCAAUACGGUGGGUCACAUACGGCUGCAGCCGGGCGAUGUGAUCGAGGUGGUGGGCAGCACCGACUGCGGCCUGCUCGAAGGCUAUGUGCGCGGCACCAAUCAGUCGGGCUUCUUUCCCGCCGAAUGCGUGCAGGAGGUGAAUCUGCGCCAGAAGCACAUCACCAAUGUGAUGACCGCCAGCACGGGCAUGGCUGCUCCCCAACAGCAGCAGCCGCUGCAGCCACAGCCCGCCUCCUACCAGGGCUCGCCCCAGCUGAGCCUUGGCGGGCACUCGGGCAGCUCUAGCACGCUGCUCCAUCAGCCCCAUCAGUCGCCCUCGCUCUCGAUGACAAGCAACGGCUCCUGCCAGCAGCAGCAGCAGCAGCAUCAUCUGCCGGAGGGCAAUGGCGGCCACAUGGGCAGCAAUUCCAUUGGACAAUACAGCAGCGCCACAGCGCCUCGCAUCAAGAAGGGGGCCUACAAUGCGCCCCGCUCGGUGGUGCUGCAUCGGGCCAAGCGCGGCUUUGGCUUCAUUUUGCGCGGCGCCAAGGCCAGCUCCCAGCUGAUGCAGCUGCGUCCCUCCGAGCGCUUCCCGGCGCUGCAGUACUUGGACGACGUGGAUCCCGGCGGCGUCGCCGACAUGGCCGGACUGCGCCCGGGCGACUUUUUGCUCACCAUCAACGGCGAAGAUGUCAGCGCCGCCUCGCACGAGCAGGUCGUCGAGAUGAUACGCUCGGCGGGCGCCCUGGUCAACAUGACCGUCGUCUCGCCACAAUUUCCGCUCCAGAUGCAGGCUAGCGCUCAGUAUUUGCCGAGUGGCGCACGCGCCGGCAGCCAGCAUCUGAACAGUGGACCCAGCACGCCGCAGAGCGCGCACCGCCAGUGCGCUACGCUGCCGCGCAAAAUGUCCAUGGGCCCGGGCAGUCAUGCCAGCGGCAGCUCCGCCUCGGGUGGCGGUGGCAGCGUUCGGAUGGCGCCCAUGCCGCCACGACGUGAUCCGAAGACGACGCUUAGUGUGGGACGGGCCAGGGCCAAGUCUAUGGUCGCCGGCCUGGAGAAUGGCGGCGAGAAGGAGCAAGACGAUGUGCCGCAUACCAAAUCCAAUUCGGUCGAGUCCAUUGCUACGCCCACGCCCACACAUCCGGGCACACCGGUGCAGCUGCGCACGGCCAGCAUCAAGGCGCGGCCCACAUCCAGCCGCAUCACCGCCGCCGAGCUGGAGGAGCUCUUCCAGCGGCAGCAGGGCGAGGGCAGCGCUUCCAGCGCCAGCCGUUAUGCGACCAUGAUGACCAGCUCGCGCUUCCAGUCGGGCACGGACAGUGGUGCCGCUACGCCACCCGCCGCCAAUGGCUCGCCCAUGCGCACCGGGCCCCUCGUCUAUGGUAGCGUCGCCGAGAUGAAGCGUAAGGCGGCCAGGAGCAAGCACGGCAGCGGCACGCUGCGCGGCAAGCCGGUGGCCACGCCCACAGUAGGUGGCGCGAUUGUUGGCAGCGGUCGCGAUCUGAAGCGUUUCCACUCGACGCCCGAUCUGCAUGGGCCGCAGCUGCACGGCUCCGCCUCGUCCAUCUGGCAGGCGGCGGGCAAGGGCCACCACUCGCAGGACGACGUGGCCACAUUGCACGCCUCGCUGCAGCGUCUCAACACGGCGGGCAGCAAGGAAGAGAGCAAGGCUGCUGCUGGUGGCGCAGUGCUGCCGCCGCCCAAUCACCCACCGCCGCCACCGCCCGUCGGCCAGGUGGUCAAGGUGGAGACGCGCAGCAGCGUAUCGGAGUACGAGAGCACAAUAUCCUUGCAGCAGAAGCUGAAGAAGCGCGCCGAGAACGACGCAGUCACUUCGGCGGCCAUCGAUGGCGUCCAGAGCAGCUUCAAUCCAUCGGCCAAUGCCAAGAUCUAUGCCUCGCCGCAGGAGCUGCGCAACGUGAUGGCCUGGAAGCUGCGGCAGGCGCAGGAGAAGACCCAGCAGGAAGCCGCCGCACAGCAACAGCAACAACAGCAGCAGCAGCCGCAGCAACAUGUCAGUCAAUAUGCGGCGCCCACUCAGCUGCGUGCCCAAGCGCCUGCUCCGGCCGGCUCCCAUUAUGCGGCACCACAGCUACAGCAACAAACAACAACAGCAACAACCGCAGCAGCAGCAGCAGCACCUCAAUCGCCGCCAGCUCCGCCACCGCCGGCGCCAAAACCACCGCCAGCAGCAGCAGCACAAGAGCAGCAGCAAGCGAAUGGCAAUGCAACGACAACUGCCACAGCUAGCGCGGCCCCGCCCAUACCCGAGCCGGAUUACAGCUGCAGCGAGUCGGACGGCGAGGACGAGAACUCGAUUCUGGUGGCGCGCAACACGAAGCUCAAUGAGAAAAUUGCGCUCUUCGAUGUGCCGGAAACAAGCGGCAACAGUCAGGCCAGCGGCAGCAGCUCUGCCUCUGGCUCGGGUGCCUCCAUUUCGCACUCGCUGUCCGUGGAAGAAAUUCAGCGCAUACGCAGCAAUCUUAAGACCUCCAAGUCGUCGCCCAACGGCUUCCUCAAGAAGGAAGACGAGCAGCAGCAGCAGCAGCCGCAACAGCUACUGCCACAGCCUGCUGCUGGCGAGGACGAGUGCGACAACAGCAGUUCCGGCGUGAGCAGCGAUCAGGAGCUGCUGGCCACAUGCGUCGGCAAGCCCACGGACACCAUCAAGAAGAAGCCAAGCGUGACCAUUGUCGAGGAGCCCAAGACCAUACCCGAUCCGCCGGCUAAGCCCCUGGCCAAGACAACCAUCAGUAUUGGUGCAGCAACAGCAACUGGCAACACAAAAGCCAGCAGCAACAUUAAUGCGGGCACAAAUGUGGCGCAUGCUGCUGCUGCCUACGAGGCGGCCACCAAGUCCACGUCCACUGGCAAUCUCAACAACAAUGCCAGCGGCAAUCACAACAACAACAGCAACAACACAGCAGGAACAGCAGCAGCAACAACAACAACGCUGACGGUUAAGCAGAUGGUGCAGCAGCAACAUGCACCAGUCAUACAGCAGCAGCAGCAACAGCUGAGCAGCAAGCCAGCAGCAACUGUUGCUAACAAGCUGCCAGCAACAGCAGCAACAGCUCAAGUCAAAUCGAAUCAGCCGGUGCUCAGCCCUCAGGUGCUAGGCCGCAUACCCAAUGUGCAUCACCAGCAACAGCUGCAGCAACAGCAACAGCUGCAACAGCAGCAGCAGCAGCUGCAUCAUCAGUCAAAUCCUAAUCUGAAGCUGAUUGCCACACAGCAGCAGAUACUGCAGCAGCAACAGCAGCAACUGGCGCACCAGCAACACUUGCAGCAGAUACUCAAAGCCAAAGCAGCGGCCGCUGGUGGCGCCAGCACAGCCGCCCUGGUGGCCAAGCAGCAGCAGCAGCUGCACAAGGGCCACGACUCGGAGCUGGAGCAGCGCUCCGAUCUAGAUGAAGACGACGGUGAGCUGAGUCCGUCGCCGCCAGCCAAGGCCUUUCAGCGUCACAAUUCGCUCACGCGUAAACAGGCGGCGGCCAUUGCCAUGCAGCGUGGCGCCACGCGCACCACCGCCGUCUCGCUGGUGCAGUUGCCGCCGCCCCUCGAGGCGGAUAGCGACGGUGAGCCAACACAGCAGCAACAUCUACAGCACCACCACCAGCAGCAGCAGCAGCAGCAGAUGGCCACGCAUAUUGUGGGCAUGCUGCCCAGCGGCCAACUGGUGGCUGUGCCAUCUGCUGCCGUUGCUGCUGCUGCUGUGCCGCAGCCGGGCAACAACAAUAUGCAGCUGUGCACCGAGAAUCUGGUCCUGGCGCCGCCGCCGCAAUUCUGUGAUUGCAACGAUGCCAAACACGCGCCGCAGUACCAUCCACAGCAACAGCAGCAACAGCAGCAGCAGCAUCUACAGCAGCAACAGCAGCAGCUACUGCAGCAGCAGCAGCGUCACCAGCAGCAACUGCAAUUGCUGCAACAGCAACAUCAGCAGCAGCAGCAGCAACAACAGCAGCAGCAGCAGCAACAACAGCAGCAUCAGCGGCUGUCUGGUGGCGCUGGCGCUGGCGCAGUGGGCACCUUGGGCCGUGUGCGCAUUGUCGGCGCCAUGCCCAAGGCCAAUCAUCACAGACUGCACUAAAGCAAUCGAUAUAUGGUAUAUAAUCGAUAAUUCAACAAUUUGCCAAAAACGUUAAGACGUUAAUUAGAAUUACAUCAAACAGUCAUUGCCAUUCACAACGAAUAGCUGCACUCGAAAUUAAUACACACACACACAUACACACAUGCGCACCUUGGCAACAUGUUGCCAGCAACAAGUUUUCGAAUCAAUUUUAAUUGCAACAUGUUUGCAAAUGCUAUCGAUGUAUAUUAGUAAAAUUAACAUUAAAUUGAAAAGCAUAAAAAAAUAACAUUCAAGUUCAAAGCAUGUAAAAACAUAUAGAAAAAAACACGAUAAAAAAGAUAAUUAGUUAAUAACGCAAUAUGGCACGAGCACGAUUUUUAAUUUGUUUAAUUUCGCAAAAAAAAGAAACAAAUGUUCUAUUAUUUUAUUAUAUUUAUUGCGUGUGAUAUAAAGUUAUGUAUGCGGCGUAAACGCAGCAAAGUAGAAAAAAGAAAAAACAAGAAGCAAAAAUAUUGAAAUAUUUUUAAUCGAGCAUUCGAAACAUGUUUGCAAUAUUUAAGUAAAGUUCAAUCUAUGUAAAUCUUAAACAUUAAGUUCUUAAGAAUUGAAAACAAACUGAACCUAUUACGAAAGACUCAGUUUGUUUUCGAGCUGCACAAGUGAAAAUUGUCGCAAUUGUUGUGGAAAUUCUCAAUCAAAAAUAUUUCGUUUAUGGUUUUCCACAACAAAUGCCCGUGACAAGCAUUAAUCAUUAGCCUAAGCAUCGAGUUUUUAACUAGAAGCUAGAACUUUGUUUCAAGUGCAUUUCAACUGCAUUUCAAUAUCCAUCCAUCCAUUCAUCAAUAUUCACGCGUUCGAAUGCACAAAACAUUCAACACUCACAUCUAAUCUACAGUUUAGUGGUACUUUUUAGAGAAGCAAAAGUAAUAAUAAUAAUAAAAAUAAUAAUAAUACUAAUGCUAAUACUAAUAGAGUUUGAAUUUGCGCAUUUAGUCGAGUCGAGUCAAAUGAAAUACAGUAAACUAUACUUAACUAAAUCACUACAAGUAAUUACCUAAUUAACAACUAAACGCAUUUUUAAAAAGCAUAUUUAAACUAACUAAUAACGAGCGGCAAAACUUUUGUAAGCGUAAAUUUUUGGUAGUAAAAUUUACAGAUUUUUACUUUUAACGCCCUUUUUGUAUAAUUGUUUUUUAGAGAGAAUCUUUAACUUGCGCAAGUAUUACAAAGUUAAAAGGAAAUACACUUAAAGAUAAUAUAAUUCAAAUAUAACAAUAAUAUUGAAAUUGAAAGAGGUUCUCAAGUAUUUGCAGGCACUUGCCGCAAAUAUUGUUAAGGACUCAUGAACUUACAGAAAUGCGUAUUCACAAGUAACAAUUAUUAUAACUAAGGCUGAUUUUAUUGCAUAAUAUUACGUGCAACAUGCAACGUGCAACAUUUAACAUUGAUUACUAGCAAUUAAUCACAUUUAAAAACUCAACUAAUGCAAACAGGCAAAGGCAUUUAAGCUGUUUAAACAAAAAUCCGUAAAAAGAAAGUGUCGCAAAUAAUUUAUAACUAAUAAUAAUAAUAAGCUAAAUAUUUAAACAUUUAGUAUUGGCAGGCCGCACCUUUGCACUAGCAUCUAAGUGUUGAAAAGUUAUUAAACAUAGCCCCACACAUACAUACAUGCAUACACACACACGAAUACACAGGCACAUUUGCAUGAAUAUUGGCAAAGCUAACUUCUAAUUAGAUUUAGCACACUAUUUAGUUCCCGCAAUAGUUUAUAAUUAUUUGUAAAUUGUUUUUAGUUCAGCACCUGCCCCACAGCCCUCUCCCUUUUUAGCCCUCUUAUUUUAGCCAAGCUUGUUUUAUGUUUAAGUUAACUGCAUGGAUGUAUCCAUGUCGAGUUGUCAUGCACGUCCUACCUAUCAAGUCUAUAUACUAUAAAACACACACACAUACACAUACAUAUAUCGGGUACAUGCAAAGUAAGCGAGUAUGAUAAAUAUGCUAUACACAUUUAUAAUGUUAAACAAUUGAAGCACACAUACAUACACACACACACAUUGAAUGUAUUUACAAUUGUGGAAUAUAAUUAUAUUAAGUCAUAAAAUAUGCAAUUAUGUAUUAUGAACAUGCGUAUAAAGAAAUCAAUAAAUAUGAAUGAAAAUUA